AGGAAAAACUGAAGUAAGCUGGAUGACCUAGAUAAAUUGCAGUGGGAUGACUCGUGACUUUCCAAAGUGAAAGUAAAAGUGCAGUAAAGGUUUAUAACCAACAUUUGCUCUGCUCUACACUGCAGGGCUACAGCAACAGCACACAGGUCUCAAAGCUGGGCAUUUCCUUUCUUUUUCUCUGUUCUUAAGAUACGAUUCUGUGGAGGAAGUUUCCACUGUGGAAAACAGGAAGUUGUUUCAUAGAGGCAUUGUUUUGUGAUAAUGCGUAAACAGAUCUCGGAGAUUAGAGGGACUGUAAGGCCUGGAGAAAAAUACCAGAUAUGUUCCGUAAGUUUUUCCGUGAUCUCCCUGGUUUUACUGUGGACCAAACUCCCCCUGCAGCAUCAGAAUUUGAUGAACCAUGGAGGCCGGUGACAUGGAGUGGAGCCAACAAAGAAGAUAUGCUGCAAAAACUGAGGGCAUUUCAGGUCAGUGUCCCAGAUGUCAAUCGUCUCAAUAUUCUGCUCCAUGGACCAAUCGGAGCUGGGAAGUCCAGUUUUAUCAACUCUGUCAACACCGUCCUCCAAGGCCACAAUACAACUGCUGCUCUGGCUGAUUCAUCAGCUGGUAAAAGCUACAGCUUCACUGUCAAGUUUAAAUAUCACAGGCUGAAGAAAGGUGCUCCAGGAAUUUUCUAUCCAUUUUCCUUCGCUGACAUCAUGGGUCUGGAACCAGGUAGUUCAAGUGGGGUUCACAUAGAAGAUAUCGUCCACGUUUUAAAUGGUCGUAUAAAAAGUGGCUACGUAUUCAAUCCUGUUAGUCCAAUAGCCGAGGGAAACCCAAGCUACAACAGUGAGCCAAGUCUGAACGACAGAGUUCACUGUCUGGUGAGUGUUCUUCCAGCAGACAACAUCUCCCUCAUCUCUGACGAAGUGAUCCAGAAGAUGAAGGAUGUUCGUGAAAAAGCUCGCAAUUUGGACAUUCCCCAAGUUGUUUUAAUGUCCAUGGUGGAUAAAGCGUGUCCACUAGUCAGCGACGACCUGACAAAGAUAUACACCAGCAAGAAAAUCAAAGAUAAGAUGAAGGAAUGCAGAGACAAACUGGGAGUCCCAAUGAACUGCAUCUACCCUGUGAGGAACUACCACGAGCAGGUUACCAACGACCUUCUUCAGGAUGUUCUGAUUCUGAUGCCCAUUUCAGAUAUUAUUAGGUUUGCAAAUAGUUACGUGGAAGAUCAGGUUUACACAGAAUAGAGCAUUUGUUUUACAAUCUUUGUGGAAAAAGACUAACAAUUGCCAAAAUUACAGCAUUUUAACCAAGGACUGAAAGUGCCAGACAUAUUAUAGUAAAUACAUUUAAGCUAGUCUUUUAUUUUAGACUUAGGCUAGCAAACAAAAUACUAUCUUUUCAUGUGACAUCACCUUCUCUAGUCUUAGUUUGAAGUCUUUUUUGGUUUCUUUAUUCACAUUGUUAUUCUUUCUUUUAGCACUAUGGGGUUUACAAUGUUGUAUUAGUAAAUAUAACAGCGCAGUAUAUUUGGUAUGUAUGCUCAUUUCAUUGCAUCUCUAGCUUUUAACAGCUUGUAACAGACAUAUUGUAUUAUAAUAUACUAUUGUAUUGAUAAAGAUUAUUCUUACAUGUAAGUUUUGCAGUGUUUAAAAUAGCCAGUAAAUAAAAUAAUGAAAGGGAUCUUUUGGUUCAUCAGGAUGUUCUGAUUCUGAUGGCAAUAUAAUUAGGUUUGCAAAUAGUAACAUGGAAGAUCAGGUUUACACAGAAUAGAGCAUUUGUUUUACAAUCUUUGUCUAAAAAACAAAAACCACCAAAAUUACAGCAUUUUAAGCGUGGACUGAAAGUGCCAGACAGAUAUUAUAAUAAAUACAUUUUAACUAGCCUUUAGCUGUUUCAAUUCUUUUAGACUUAAGCCAGCAAACUAAAUAUAUAUAUUUUUUUAUGUGACAUCACCUUUUCUAGUCUUUUGAGUUUGAAGUCUUAAAUGUUUUUUGUUGUUGUUGCUUAUUCUAUAUUCACACUGUUAUACUUUCUUUUAGCACUAUGGGGUUUACAAUGUUGUAUUAGUAAAUAUAGCAGUGCAGUAUAUUUGGUAUAUUUGUAGUGGUGAACGCUCAUUUCAUUCAACUCUAGCUUGCAAAGGCUUGUAACAGACAUAUUGUAUUGUAAUAUACUAUUGUAUUGAUAAACAUUAAGUCUUACAUGCAAAAAACGACAAAAAUGAAAUGGUUGUACAGUGUUUAAAACAGCCAGUAAAUAAAAUAAUGAAAGGGAAUAUAAAGAGCUUUAAUUGCAUUAAGGGAUUUUUUUUACAUGUAGUAUCCAUUACAGUGGAAAGAUUGUUCAAAAACUAUUGUAACAACAUGAUUUGUAAUACUUCCUCAAAAUAAAUGGACAAAUUGGCCUAAAAGUAUAGACUUUUCAAUAAUGUUUCUUAACCUUAAAUAUCUGUUAAAUCUUAUGAUUGUACAGACAGCCUACAUGUACAUUUUCUGAUUGACUUUAUUCUAGAUAAUAUCUUGAUUAGAUUAAAAAAUGGGUUUACUGUUAAGUAAAAUGGGACUGUUCACUGUGAAGUUUUAUUUAAUAUAGCCAGUAUAUAGUACUGUAUAAUGAACAACCAUAAAUUCUUAAACUCCAAAUUAUGCUAAAACGCCAUAAAUACACAAUAUUUUGUGUCUGAUAAACACUGAGAGCCAAACCACAACACUAAGAUUACUAAAGAAAAAAUAUUUAAGUUGUGGGAUCCUCCUCAAAAGAAUAAACUAAUGUUACCAUGCACACAAAGGGUCUAUCUGUUGAUUUUAAGGGAAAACAUCACAAUGUUGUUAUCAGAUCAGUUGUAUUUCAUUUCAGAAUAAAAAAAUCAUUGUACUGGUUCUCU